UUUCCUUUUACCAGUGCUAGCCACUGUGGUGAGGAGGGUUGCCGGGCCCAUGGUGCUGCUGGCCACAUCCCUCUGUCCAGGCAGCUGUCUAAGCAGUAGCAGCAAGGGAAUGUAACUGUGUCUGCUGCCUCAAAAGUGUGCCUCAGCUCUGACUGUUGGAGUCUCAUAUUGUAGCUUUCUUAAUUUUCAGAUUUCCUCUCAGAAUGUUGCCAGCUGACACCUCUAGUCCAUAGUUAAGUCUGAAGGAUCUUUCUGCAUUAAUGCCUGUGGUGGCUCAACCUUAUUCCUUUUUCUGAACCUCAAGUGUUAUGCUAGAGAUGUCCUUUCUCAAUUUCAUUGUGUCAGGGAGCCAGGAAUUGGAGUAAUAUGAAGACAACUAAGAAUUAUUUCAAAUUUGGACCAUCUGUGCUUGGCUGGGCCAGGGUAGGUUGGUACCAUGAUUCCUGCCCCAUGAUCAGGAUUACUGUGCUGUGUGGAAAAGCCCAGAUCCUCUGAGCUGUCUCAUUGUGCAGUAGUUCUGUGUCCCUCCAGCUGGCUGCCUUUAUGUGAAGAUAGUGCUAUUGACAACACUUUCUGCAGCUGGCAGGUGGAAAAGAUUAUUUCCUCUUCUGCAACUUUCUGUCUCUUUUAAAUUCAGAGCAAGAGGUAAAGUCUUUGAAAUGCCCCAUGCUGGAGAGGGGUGAUCCCAUCAGCCAUACCACAGUCACUUUUGUGCCUCUUUCACACUAAUGAAUAAUUAACUGCUCUGUGCAUAUGCACAGGCACUGGUCAUGGGCAUCUCUGCAGGGUCGUGGUGACCUGCAGAUGACCACAGGGAGCUGCUGACAUCAGCACACAGUCUCUUGGACUUGCUGCUUGUUUAUCUUCUUGGCCACCAGCUGACCAAAGCUAAUGUCUCGGUGACCUGCAGUGGCAACAAGGGAAGGGUGAGUGGUCCCCAGUCUUCUCAAAGCCUGAGUGUGCAAACAGAUUGAGGUGCAGCAAGUCAGCUCCUACACUGCCAUUCUCACCAGGUAAGCGCAAGGUGGCUCACAGGAGAGUGGCAGGCUAUUUUUAUUCACAAGGGUAGCAGCUUUCCUACAGGAAGUCACCUUGAGGCAAACCUUUGUUGGCUGGUUUGCACUCCUGUCAUUGGCAUUGUACCUGAAAGCACAAGCCUCAGCCUCCCAAAGUGUGGCUGUGUGUCAGAGCCCCUGCCCUGAGGUGAACGUUCAGUCAGAUCCAUUGUCCUGCCUGUUGCAAGUUGAGCCACGCUUUGCUGGCCCCUGUGUGUUAGAACAAAGACUUUCACCCUCCUUUUGCUGUGGAGCUGGAACAGCUUUGGGCAUACCUGUAAUUUUCAGAGGAGUAAGGUUUAUGGACCAGAGAUGGAACCUUGUCCUGUGUUUUCCCACAAGAGACCCUUCUGUGGCUGAUGAACCUGCUGGAUUCAGUCCAAAGGAGGCCACUAAGAUGAUCAGAGGGCUGAAGCACACAUCUGAAGCAUGUGAUGAACACAUGCUGAGGGAGUUGGAGUUCUUCAGCCUGGGGAAGAGAAGGCUCUGGAGAGACCUUAUACCAGUACCUAAAGGAUGUCAACAGGAAAGCUGGAGAGGGACAUUUUGGCACGGCCUGUUGUGAUAGGACAAGGGUUAGAGGUUUUAAAUUAAAAGAGGUUUGUUCUAGUUUGGAUAUAGGGAAGGGAAGAAGUCUUUUAGAAUGAGGGUGGUGAAACAUUGGAACACGUUGCCUAGAGAGUGGGGCGUGCCCCACCCCUGGAUGAGGCUCUGAGCAAUACAAUCUAGUUCAAGGUACCCCAUGUCAUUGCAAGAACAUUGGACUGGGUGACCCCUAAAGGUCCCUUCCAACCCAAACGAUGAUUCUAUGAGGCGUUGGGGCCUCUAAGGCCUGUCUACUUUUCACUAUAAAACUGCUCUCAGUUGCAGGAGGAUUUUUCCUUAUGGAUUUUCAGUGGAAAGCUGGGAAAGUUGGCAACAGUUUGCUUGCUAUUGUUUCCUUCUCAUUUCUUGCCCCCCUGCAUAUUGCUGCCAUUACCCAUCAAAGCAUCAGGCUGAGUCAGAUGUAGAAAAUGAGAUGAAAAACGCAGGGUGAUGGAUGGGUGGCAGCCAAAAUGACUCUUUCUAUCCACCCGUCCCCUAAAGCUGCAAUAGGAGCUCAGAGGCUGUGCCUCAUGACUUCAUCCCUCCCUGCUGAGGGGAGAUGGGAACAUCAUUAUCAGCUGCCGAUGAGUCUUGAUUUGGAGCCAGCAGUGAAAAUGUCCUCGGAUGUGGGGCUCCUCCUCCGCCCCAAGGGUGACUUGAACCUGCUGGGAAGAUGGAGGAAGAGCUGGAGGGAGGAGAUGAGAAGAAAGAGGUGUAAAUUCGACUCUGUCUCUAUGAUGAUGUCAUGGCAACAAGUCAGGUGAUCAGGGCACACUUUGAAGGUCUCCAGCCCUUCUCUGUUACUGCAGGCUCAUGUCUGACUCGCUGAAAAAUCUUUUGGUUAAUAUUUAAUGCCAGCAUUGAAGUGCUAAGGGUAGCAAAUGCCUCACCUAAGCCCCCUGCCUUUGCUUUCCAAUGGGAUGCUAAAUCAGGGUGAGGAGGUAGGAUUGCAGAUUUCAUUAGCUGGGAAUGGGACUAACAGUCACUAGGGUGGCUUCAGCCCAUGGGGUCCCUGUGCCCAUCUGACUGCAGGACAUGAGAAGGAGGUUUCUAUCCCCUCCAGCCCCAUUUGGAGCUGGUUUGGGGCACUGGAAUGAGGAGGUCUCCCUCUCUUCAGGGCUGGCUCUGGAAUAAUGAAACCUGUGGCUCUGCUCCGGGAGCUGAGCCCAGCUCUUUUGAUGCGCUCAGUUAGUAUACGGAGUUGGUGUUUUGGUUGGAUGGUUGCUGUUUUUCUGAGCCAUGACCUAAUGAUCCCAUGUUCCAGCUACAGCCCCUCCUAGGGGCCUUCUGUCUGAAACGUGCGUCCGGACUGAAUUCAGCCAACUUCCCGGAGCAAGACGCUGUGUUCUCCCACUCAGGGAAGCCAUCUGCUCCCCUCCACCAGCUCCUUCUGCGGGGCUUCGCGCUCGCCAGCCGGGCUGGAGAGCUCUCCUCCUCCUCGCUUGCCCCGGCUCUGCUCGGCCAUGUUGCUCGCAGCAGGCUCGGAACGCGGGGCUGGCGGAAUCUGGGCCGCUGACGGUGCCAGCCGGAGGCGGUUUCCAGGCAACUGUCGCGCCGUGGGACACGCGAGCCAAGAACACCGGGGACAGCGCGUUCCCAGCGCGCCGCCUGCGAGGGGACCGAGGCACACACGGGAGGAGAGGGCACGCAGGGUGGCAGCAGAGGAGGGGGUCUCCAGAACAGCCCCUCCUGCCACUGAUCAUCAUAACCCUCCCUGGCUGGGAGUGAGCAUUUCCAAGCUGGCUGCUGGUGCAUCUCACGACAAGGAAGAGCUACAUGAUGUAUGCGAUUUCACAUGCCUUCUGCGUCCUUUGGAAGGGCAAAGAGAAAAUAAACAUUGUGCCAGACGGUACCACAGCCCCCAGACUUAUUGCAGGUGGUCCUGUGCUUGUCUGUCCCUUAUCAAAUACAAAGCUCCAUCCCUACAAGUCAUGAACCAUUUUUGUGCACACAUCCCAGCUCUGUCUGCCUGGGUGUCACUGCAAAAGUGAAUUUCUUGUAAAAAGAAAUGCUUUUCCCUAGUCCUCCACAGCACUUGGUGGGUCCUACCGCCCCUCUGUGCUAAUGCCCAAGGCAGUAUCCCCACUCCUGCCUGCCUGCCUCCCCUACCUGCUUUAGGGGCCCUGGGAACAUCCUUGCCCCUGAAACUCACCAGCCUGAUAGCCCUUCCACUGCUAGCCUGGCAUUUCCCCUCGCACCAAUGUCAAUGCUGACAUCCCCUUUGUUUUAUCCAGUUUGAGUGACUUUUGAAAGGGGGUUUGAGUACAACUGAUUUUCAAUGGAUCAGGGAGGGUGAUAAAAAUUUAUAUGGCUGACCAAUGGAAAAAAAAAAAUUCUGGAUUCUGAGAGUGCAGCUAUGAUGAACAUGGGGAAUGGGGCUACAUAGUGCUUGACAGGGUGUGUGCUGCAGAUGGACAGAACCAUUUGAAUGCUCUGUAUUCAAGGAAAUGUUCUGCAGCCCUGUGCAGGUGACAGAAAGACAGGGCAGUGGGGAGUCAUCUGCAGCCAUUGCUGUCCCUGAGCCAGCAUUGCAGCUAUUGAUUUGGAGCUUACCCCAUUCACUCUAACCUUGGCAGUGCCAGCUCGACCCUUAUCAGUGCUGAUAAACCUUGCCACAACCUCCUGUCCCAUCCUGGUGGUGUCACACCAGGUGUCGUGGUGAUAGGUCUUUCCUGCCACUCUGCCCGUGCAUCAGUUGGUCUUUUGCUGCGAUGCUCUAAAUCCUGGAAACCUCUCUCCUAUUUUUGCACAGAGGCUGCAGCCACAUCAACAUUUUUAACCCUGCGUUCAUGCCCAUCCCUUCCUGAGUGUUUUGUGUGAGGAAGGAUGCAGUGGCGGAUGCAAAUGCUGUUCCAGAGGAAACUUAAAAUCCGCUUUCUCUUUCUUCUGUUCUUGGCCCUUCUCGUGCACCUGGUGAUGGAUUUUGCUCUCCCCACAACCCACAGGUCCUGUGGCUGCGAUACUAAAGCAUCAAAAGCCACGGGUGUCCUGUCAGGCAGCCCCAUGCCAGCCAGCCUCAAAAAGCUGAGCCUGCGAAUCCUUCAGGAUUUCAGUGGAAGCAACGGUUCCUUGGAGAAAAGUUCCCAGCCAGAGAGAGCGGGGCUGCACCUAAGGGCUGGAGAGCCAGGGGUCCAGCAGCAGCAUGAAGAGGCAAAUGCAGAGUGGACCAGGGGAUCAAAGCUGGCAGCACUCUUCGAGCAUCCUCUUUACAACAUCCCAGUCCCAGAGGUGACAGAGAAAGACAAGCUGUUUAUUGUCAACCCCAUGGAGAAGUUCAGUCUGCGCAGCAGCGGGAGUGAUGAAUGGGUCAGCAGCAGUAAAGCCGAGACGCUCCUCCCGACAGGGAAGACAGCCUAUGACACCUACCCCACCUGGCUCAAAUUCCACAUCGGCAUCAACCGCUAUGAGCUGUACCCCCGCCGGGACCCCCUGUUGCCCACGCUCCUCCGGGACUUGGCCACGCAAAGGAUCAUCAGCUCGGUCCAGAAGUCCGGCGGGACCCAGCUCAAGCUCAUCAUGACGUUCCCAAACUAUGGGCAGGCCCUCUUCAAGCCCAUGAAGCAGACCCGAGACCAGGAGACCCCCAUUGAUUUCUUCUACUUCUCAGACUUUGAGCGGCACAAUGCAGAGAUUGCAGCCUUCCACCUGGACAGAAUCCUGGAUUUCCGGCGAAUUCCUCCAGUUUCUGGCCGUUUGGUCAACAUAACAAAGGAAAUUCGGGAUAUCACCACAGACAAGAAACUGGCCAAGACUUUCUUCAUCUCCCCAGCGGGUAACGUCUGCUUCUACGGGGAGUGCUCCUACUACUGCUCCACCGAGCACGCCGUCUGCGGCAAACCAGACCGGCUGGAGGGCUCCAUGGCUGCCCUGCUCCCUGACAAGACCCUGGCCAAGCGCCGCUCCUGGCGCAGCCCCUGGCGCCGCUCCUACCACAAGAGCAAGAAGGCUGAGUGGGAGCUGAACCCCAACUACUGCGAUCAGGUGCGAGAGACACCGCCCUACGACAGCGGCCAUCGCCUCCUCGACCUCAUCGACAUGGCGAUCCUCGAUUUCCUCAUGGGCAACAUGGACCGGCACCACUAUGAGACCUUUGAGAAAUUUGGGAAUGACACUUUCCUGCUCCACCUGGACAAUGGUCGCGGCUUCGGCACACACUCACGCGAUGAACCGUCCAUCCUGGCCCCUCUCCACCAAUGCUGCAGCAUCAAGAAGUCAACUUACCUGCGGCUGCAGCUGCUGGCCACCCAGCCCUACCGCCUGAGCGACGUGCUGCGGGAGGCGCUGGCCGCAGAUCCACUGGCCCCUGUCCUGGCUGAGCCCCACCUGCAGGCAUUAGACCGGCGCCUGGAGAAGGUGCUGGUGGCGGUGGGACACUGCCUGGCCAGGGCAGCCCACCAGGAAAAGGUGCUGGUGGAUGAUGUGGGGCCAUGGGUGUGACGGGGGCUGGUACCCUGCUGCGUUGGGCUGUUUUGGUGUGCUGCCGAGGGUGAUGUGGGGUCGAUGUGCAGCUCUGAUUCUGUGUAGCGUCAGCUUUUGGUGAUGCUGGAGCUGGUGGCGUGAUGAACCAGGAAAGCAGGUUGUAAGGAUAGGUGGGACAGGGAGGGAAUUUAAAUAAAAAGGUUGGCCUAGUGGAGAAGACAUAAGCUGUGAUCUUCCCCACCACGGCUGCUUUCCCAGCCCUGGCCUGUUCUUGCAUGCCUGGACGUGUUACUUCAGCCCUCCAAAGACUUUUAGGAAAGGGUAGGGAUUUUUCCUGCCUUUCCCCAGCAAGAACUGCCAAACUGCUGGCAACAGCUGGCAACCUCCUUCUGCCCCACCCCCACACCCAGCACGGUGAUGCCCUGGUGACCCCCAAAAAGAGAGCUGAGACUCCCCACUGCUGGUGUGGGGAAAAUGAGGCAGAAGCUCCCAGCUACACACCACUUAUCUUUGCCCCAGUCUUCCCACACCCACUCAAAAACUCCCAUGGCUCUGACAUCACCACCUCCUCCACAGGACCAGGGAUGCAGCAAGGACAGACCCCAUUCCCCUCAGAACAUCUUCCCAAAUCCCCCAGGAACUUCCUCUGACUCCCUUCAUACCCGAAAAAGUGGCUCCUGAGGAGGGGAUGGAUUGACCUGGGGCUGUGCACCCUACUUAGUGCCUGGUGGCUCAGCACCCAGCUUAUCCCCUGAGCCUCCCAGGGGGGUUAAUCCACGCAGGGUUACGUCAGCUGGAGCAGGUGCCAUUGUGACAGCCACUGCCACUGUGCCCAGGUUGGGACAUGGGAUUGCCAUCUGCAUGGCCAGAGAUAAAGGUGCCACUGGGGAGGGGAGAUGUCCUCUUCCCAGCCAGACACUUGCAAAGGGAUGGGAAGCCAUGGGAGGGGGUGAAAAAGGGCAGCUGGCACAGUGGGAGAUGGAGCUGGAAAAGCUAGGCAGAGAUUUUGGCUGGAACAAAAAAAUGGGCUCAAAAGGAAGGAAAAAAAAAAAGAAAAGGGAGACAAAGAGGAUCUGUCUGCGUUACACAACGGGGUUGGGGACACUGAAUCGGGGUUUGUUGCGGUGUGCCCCCCCAGUGCUAACAGCACGUCCUCCUGCCACUGCCCUGGCUUGUGCCCCAAAGCCCAGUACAUGGAGGAAAAGGUUUCAGGGCUGUUUUGCAAUAGGCUCCUUCCCUUCUGUCAGCUUCCUAGUGUUUUUAACUCUUUAUAUAAACACUUUUUUGCCCUAUAAGCAAAGCCAGAGGGACCAAUCCUGCACCCUGCCCCACAGAAAUAGCCUAAACAACCGUGCCCAGACACAGGUGGCCAGCUGCCCUGACUCUCAGAGCUCCCCCAGGCGAAUCUUUUUCCGAGGCACCGUCAGAUUUAAAACGCGAGCUGUGUGUGUGUGGAGGGGGGUGGCUGGCUUUUUUUCAGGCUGGUGAGUUUGCACAAGGUCCGUUCAAGGUCCCAUGGGAGCAGCCCGCUUUGGCUCACACGGCCCUGACGAGCCUGCCCAGCCACCCGUGGGGAAGAGCAGUGGAGCGGGGUGUCUGGGGCCACAGCAGAACACGCCUGCCCAGUCGAGGCAGCGUGGGCACACGGGUGUUGAGCGGGGCUGCCCACGCCCCAGGGAUAGGUUCGGCCGUGUCGCCGUGACGGGUGGUGCGUGGGGUGUGGGGAUUUCUCACCCCGCCAGGACCAGCAAACCAGCCACCCCAGAAAAGCCCAAAUGGGGCAGGGGUGCAGCCCUGCACCUGGGAGCUCCCAUUUUGGGCUAGCAUCACCCACGCCCUUGGCUGGCAGCGUGGGCUGAGGGCUGCCCGUGCUGGGCACGGCUGAGGAACCCCAGGGCUGAGGUGUCUGGGGACCAGGUCCCGGUGGGCAGCAGAGUGCGGAUGGACUCUCACCACCGCUCCCUCCAAAAUGAUGAAAAUAAAAGAAAAUUUUAAAAAAAGGAA